AGACGAGGCUAUACACGUUAUAAAUACAUGUUUUAUUGCUCACCGUUUAACCAGCAACGAGUUUCGUUCAAAGGAGCCCAUGCGUCAUCUCAUAAAGUACACCACCCGUGGUUUUAAAAUUGAAAGUCGUUUUUUGUUUUUGUUUUUUUUUACCCCGGCUUCCGUUUGGGAUGCCAUCUUAAUCCCCCCUACCAGCCACCGGAAGCUGUGGAUAAAGCCGAGGUUGCAAAGUGCGUCACACAGUGAAAAAAGGAGAAAGAAGAGAGGAGCCUGCAACCCAUCAGCCGACAGCCUGGUCCUCCUUUCUCCCGUUGCGCACAGGAAACCCCGGCCGGCGUUUGCACCGGCGCUAUGGUGAAGAUCGCCUUUAACUCCGCUCUGGCCCAGAAGGCGCUGGGCAAAGAGGAGCCGUCCGACGCGAAGGACCCCGAGCUGGCCACUGCUCCGGUGGGCAUCGAGGGCUCCACAGGCCGCUGUCUGCUCACCCUGCUGGGCGUCGCCUUCAUCCUCAGCGGGCUCAUCGUCGGGGGCGCAUGUCUCUACCGCUAUUUCACCCCGAAGAGGAUUUAUCACGGUGCGAUGCAGUUCAGUGACGUGUCCGCUGGAGGAGAGAACCAGCCGUACUACCUGCCGCGGGUGGAGGAGGAGGUGGAGAUCUCCGACAGCAUGGCCGUUAUCAGCGUCCCACCUCCCCGCUUCAGACCCGGGGACCCUGCUUACAUCCUCCAUGACUUCAACCGGAAGCUGACGGCGUAUCUGGACCUGACUCUGAGGACCUGCUUUGUGAUUCCUCUGAACACCUCGGUGGUGCUCCUCCCUCAGGACCUCAUCGACCUCUUCUCGCAGCUGAUUUCCGGCUCCUACCGCAGUUACUUGGUGCACGAGGACCUGGUGGUGACAGAGCGCAUCGAUGACAUCAAGUCUCUGGGCUUCUACAUCCGCCGACUGUGUGAUGGGAAGGAAACGUACAGGAUGCAGCGCCGCUCCAGCCUCCUAGGUGGAGGCAUCGAGAAGCGCUCCGCAGAAGAAUGCUUCACCAUCCACCAUUUUGAGAACAAGUUUGUGACGGAGACCAGGAUCUGCAAGGCUUGAUGGGAAAGUGCAAGAAGGGUCAGUCAGUGAGGGAGUGAGCGAGUGGUAGAGAGAGAGAGAGAGAGAGAGAGAGAGAGAGAGAGAGAGAGUCGUGUGGUAACAGCUUUCAGCGGAAAGUGACUUUUGUAUAAAUCCCUUAUCCUCCCUGCUUUUAAUCCCAGUGAUAAGUGAACUUAAAUUCCAGCAUUAUAUAGCCUAACCCCAGCCACACCUCAGCUCUCUCGCUCAAGUACUCACUAGUUAGUCCUGUACUAAUAAUUCUCAUCAGUCUGAUAACUCGCAUUAUACUAAUUGUUUUUGUUGGAUUCUGUUCCGUUGCCGUAGCUUCCUGCUGAAUUACCUUUUACUGUUUUUACUGUACGGCAACAUCCACUCGAGUGGUUUCCUCUGAAUACCGUAGUGAAACUGAGAAGUCCUUCGUAUGGGACCCUCUGUGUGUGUCAGCCUACUGUCCCACUCUUAACGGGGUCUCUAGGUCAGCAGGUUAUGCUUUGUUAUAGGGGAGCGAGGGCACAAGCCACACGGGACAGUCGCGUUAUGUCGUGGAAGGUACCAGACGCUCGAGUCCCGACCUCUCACUCGCCCCAUUUUUGUAGAUGUUUCCCAGAGUGCCUCGCUGCUCCCAGAGGCCUCUGCUGUCCUGCUGUGUGAUGAUUUUUCUUAUGUCAUAGAUGGUGAGCAGUCCAGCACCCUGUAUUACUUGUGUUUUGUGUAGAAACCUCAUUUGUGACAAUAAACUUGGAAAGACGCAAGAAGGGAAAGUUACAGCGAAUUUGAAAACUUUUUUCGUCCAUGAAUCUGAUCCAUUGCUUACUAUAAGCUACUUACUACAGGUUUUUCCGAACUUUGUAUUUUCACGGGGAAAAAAAACACGUUUUGUAAAGAAUUGUUCAGUGAAUCUGCAUUAAGCAAUUCUUUUCCAUUUAUUUUGAAAGCCCUUGCGGAAAAAGGUUGAUGGUGCGAAAUAGAAAUCGCCUUUUGCCAAAUAAUUUCAAACCGAUUCCAACUCGACGCCUGCACAGAAAGACAAUCGGACAGGAAGGGUGUGUGUAGAAACGUGUCUCUGUCUAACAAAUACUAGAAAAUUCGAUAAAAACCAAUGUGUGCAGCUACUGAAAUAAAUUCACUGUCGCUGAAUAAAGUUACAUUUCCAUACCUACUGAA